AUGGACGCCCUCACUGUUGCGACAAGUGUGAUCGCAUUCGUCGACUUUUCUAGCAAAUUACUUGCAAAGUCCCGAAAGAUAUACAAAUCUGCCGAGGGUGCUCUAACCGAAAACGUUGACAUCGAACUGAUCACAGCAGAUCUUCUCACUCUAUCCCAGAGCCUGAAGAGACAACAGCCCCCCACCCCGACACAAUGUGGCGACCCUUUAUAUAACAUAGACGCUUUCGAGGACAAGAAAUCCCUGGACCAUAUUUGUGAGAGAUGUGUAGAGAUUGCAGAAGACCUCAUGCGGCGCCUCGAAAUGUUGAAAGUCCAACCUGACGCUGGCAAGAAGAAUGAGAGCAAGGAAAUGACGACUGAGCAAAGCAAUGUGGACUCUCAACCCGCCACCCGAUCAAACCCUGGUCGUUUGAAACAUGUACUACUCCAACAUAAUUUCAAACUGACUGAAAUACCACGAUGGAUGAAAUUUGACAAAUGGGAUGCUUUUCGAAGAGCCCUUGUGGCCUCAUGGAACGAGGAAGAAAUCGAGAAAUUGGUGGCCACUCUUCGAGAGUUCAGAGAUCAGUUGGAGUUUCGCAUGCUGAACUCCAUGCGCACUGCACUCAAUGAUUUUGCUCUUCAGCAUUCAAACCAACUCGCGCAGUCCACUCAGCUUAUAGUAGACACUUUCUUGAACUCCAGGGAAGAACUUGCAAGCCAGCUUCGACUCGAGGCAAAGAGGAUAAUCGAUUCUCAAACGUCUGAAGCAAUCGACAACUUUCCAACGUCAAACUCCGUCGGCACGUUCCAGAAUCCGAAAGGGACGACAACCUCCAAGAGUAAAGGCCUUGGACACUCUUCUGGAGACUCUCAAGUGGAGCAAGAACUUCGACUUCUCAUGAUUGAGAAUGCGAUUCUAGGGAGCCUAUCUUUCACGACACUCACCGAUCGCCAAGAUCGUCUUCAGAACCCCCACGGCGGCACAUUUGAGUGGAUCUAUCACGAGAAUGGACGUUCCACGGCACCGUGGAGCAGCUUUUUCGACUGGUUGCGUCACGGACAUGGAGUAUAUUGGAUCAGCGGUAGACUUGGGUCCGGGAAGUCAACUCUGAUGAGGUACAUAUUCGAGCACGAGAAGACUAUCAAAGCACUUGAAGAAUGGGCUGGUCCCAUGCGACCAGAGACUUGUGGCUUCUUCUUUUGGAAUAGUGGAGAAGAAGAUCAAAAGUCUCAGUGCGGUCUCCUGAGGUCUCUCAUAUUCCAGAUCUUCCAACGCCACCGAGAACUGAUCCAGCAGAUCAUGCCGGACGUGUGGAGCGUCUGGCGUAGCAGAGUGAACGCCUAUAUCUCUGCUAAGAUGCCACAGGACCCUCUCCUUCUAUCUCCAGAGCCAACUAACUGGACCAUGGCACAGUUGAAGCGCAUUUUUCGAGAUUUGCUUCGCAGCCUACAAGAUAGGACUAGGUUGUGCCUUUUCAUUGAUGGCCUUGAUGAAUAUGAUGGGGAUGAUUACGACAUCAUUUCUCUCCUUCAAGAAUAUUCCGGAUCACCUAACAUCAAGCUCUGUCUCUCCAGUAGACCUCUGGUGCCUUACGAACAAGCCUUUUCCAAGUUCCCAGGCAUGAAGCUUCAUGAACAGACACGAGGAGAUAUCGAACACUAUGUGCGCUCAAAACUACUCACACAUAAGAACAUGGUCAGGCAUCGUCUGCAUAACCCAAAAGAAGUUGACGCCCUGGUUGGUGACAUUGUCAACAAAGCCAAUGGGAUAUUCCUGUGGAUCAAACUUGUUGUCGAGUCCCUGUAUCGUGGUUUAUCCGACUCGAACCGCAUUUCUAUUCUCAAAGAGAGACUGAACGAACUUCCUGACGACCUUUACGAGCUCUAUUCGCACAUGCUGAGACGAACCGAUUCUAUUUAUCGCCCAAAGGCCUCGAGAAUGUUUCAAAUUGUUCGAGCUGCCCAAACGCAUUCACCAAACAAAGUCACACUGCUUAACUUGUCUUGGGCAGCAUGGGCCGGCGAUUCAAGUGAAAUACCAGCGGAAGAUGCUCCAAUACAGCCCCUCAGCCAAGAGGAGAUGUCGAUCAGGUGUCGGGAUAUGGACGAUGAGCUCAAAAGUGUUUGUUCUGGCUUGAUGGAGUCUACCGACGUCAAAUUUUCCGAUAUUGCCCCGGAUUCAAAAGUUCUGUUUCUUCACCGAACAGUAUUUGACUGGCUUGCGAAACCAGAAGUAUGGAGCGAGGUCCUUUCCAUCACUGCGGGAAGCGGUUUCAGUCCCAACCUAUCAAUGCUGAGAUCAUGCAUUAUGCAGCUGAAGACUGAAAACAGUAGUUCAACACUCCGCCUAGAUAUGAACAUCAUACACAGUGCCUUAGUAUUUGCCAAGGAGGCUGAGGCAGAUCUGAACAUAGGUUUCCCAGCUUUGAUGGAUCAGCUGGACUCGGUCGCCUCGUAUCAGUGGCGUGAGGCGAGUUCAUCAAGGUCAACCACGAGGCCACGAUUUGGGGCAUCUCAACCAGAAGAAUCAUCCCGGCUCUCGGAAAUUCAGUUUUGGAACGAAGACGACGACGAAACCGCUGUUGACGAGACCCCAUGUGCAGCAGGAUCAGGUGACUAUGAGGAUGUGUUUGGCGACAUACAAUUUGCCGAAAAUCCUCAAGAGUCCCAGCAUGUUAUCGGAAAGUCAAAAGUGGUUGAUUUGGAUGGCCGCGAUGAGUGGUACAGCGAACUUUCGGGCUCCGAGGAUUCUUUGCCUCAGUAUUUCGAUGCUUUGGAGAGUGGCGUCGCGACUAAGUCUUGGGCGCAGAAUGGAACCGUUCCUUCAUCUCGAGAUGAAAUUGCAGCGAAAUUUGCGAAGCUCCGUGGAGACCACAAGUUGGACUCACAUCUCCAACCUGAGGAGGUGCUUCUGCACCACUGGUCCUAUGGUAUCGAGAUUCCUGGUAUUAAGCCCUUGGGGGAGGGAAGUACUUUCGUCAACAUAGCCAAGGACAUGGGAAUUUGCCAUUACGUUGAAUUCAAACUCGAAUCUGGAAACGUCAUCGACCAAGAAAUAAAUCAACACUUGCUUUGGAGCGCUCUUUCGAUUACCAGUGGAGUUUGGGACUCCUACAAAAAAACACCCGAUCCCGCAACGGUGGACAGAAUUCUUCAUGGCGGAACUGAUCCAAAUCUCCCAUGGCAGGGCAUAACUCCAUGGCAAAGUGCUCUAGCGGCUGCAGUCGCGCACUUCACUUCGCCUCGUCAUGCGUCACAACCAAGAAACGGUGAAUACUCAUAUUCACAGUGGGAGAAACGUACAGAAGCUUGGGCUCAUAUCUUGGAAACUUUUCUCAGGCACGGCGCAGAUCCUAUGGUACUCAAUGAGCCAGUUCGGCUUUCCUCUGGCUCAGCCCUGAUUUCUCCCUUGGCGGUUGUUGGCAAGCAUUUGCCAUCAUACCUGGUAGAUAAAGUCGCUAAUAUAAAGCCCCAUCCGCAGGAUCGGCGGGCUAAGGACAUAGAAGACGCUGUUGGGGAGAGGGUUGAUGAGCAAGUCAUGGCUGAGCGAAACUCGAGGAAUAGGAUAAUGAGUUGGGUUAUAUCUUGGUUUUGA